CCGAGAACUGUCUCUGAUACCUUCUCAAGCAGCCUAUGGUCCUAGGGUUUCCAUUGAACGAAUCUAGAGUGCUCUCCCUCCCUUUGGUCCGUUCGCUGAGGAACGCGAGUUUGGCGACCACCGAGUCUCUCGAUUCACUUUGCUCAUCAGCUGCUCUGCCUCCCCUCGGUAACAGAACUGACACGAAUUUCUCCAAUCCUUCUAAUCCUGGCUCUGGAAAUGGUACAUCUUCUACAGACUUGCCAUCAGAACCUCAUUUGCCACCAGAAACAGUCAUAAGCUCACCAGCAUUACCACACUCCAUUUGAGAACCCGCCAUGGAUUCAUCUGAUAUAGGAUGGAUACACAACAGCAAUGCUUGCUUGCCGCCUGGAGUAGUGGGGUUUCUUAUUAUAAUGCUACUCAUGCGGGAUUUUCCAGCAAUUCUCACUUGAUCAUGCUGUUGACAACAAACUGACAUUACUUGUACUGGGUCUGUAAAGAAAACUUGCCAACACCCAGUCUGUAAUUUCUGAGCUCACACCUUAUCUGGGUAUGCUCAGGAUUGAUACCUACUUCUGCAAUAACAACUGUUGUAUCCUACCACAAACUGUUGAAGUUUGCCCGGGCGGUUAAUGGGGACGGACGGUAAAUGCCAACGGACU